UAUAAUCCGAUUGGAGGAGGAAACUCCCCAUGUAUACAGGCGCACCUGGAUAAACCGAUUAUUAGAACCUUUUUUGUGUUACUGCGCAAGUGUGAGGGCGCGCGAGAUAAGGUUAAUAAACAACGAAUUGUGUCAUUUAACGGCAGAUAACAGCAUUGGUCAGUCACAGUGUAAUUAAAAUGGCAGCAGCUGUUAAAAAAAACAAAAAUUGGUCGGGGGAAGAGACGUUGUUUUUGUUGAAAACCCUUCAAGAACAAAAUAUAAUGGCUAAGCUAGAUGGGAGGAAGGUGAGGAAUGUCGAGAUUUUUAGCGACGUUUAUACAGCAUUGAAAGAGGCCGGUUUCGACCGGUCGGUUGAUCAAAUCAAGUCAAGAUGGAAAGCGCUGAAAGCCUCAUACUCCAACGCCAAAAGGCAAAAUAGCAAAAGUGGAUCAAGCCCGGCUAAUUUCGCCUACCAAAAAGAAAUGGACGAUAUUCUUGGAGGCAGACCCCUUUCAGACGUCAGCCAUGGUGUUGAUGUCGGGUUUGAGGAGGAGGAGAUCAAUGUUACCAGUUUGGAGGAAUCUGAAGAGGACGCCAGCGACCUGGACACCAGCCAACUGUCAGUGCCAGCUGACAAAGAGGUGGAACAGGCGGUGCAGUGCAGUGCAUCAGACAACAUCCAUCCUACUACUACUACUACUACCAAUGCCAAAGCCAGCAGAAAGAGACCAAGCCCAGCUUCGUCAACGUAUGAAAAAGCCAUGCGCACCUGGGGCACAGAGUAUCAGAGCUGGGCUGAGCAGCAACAGGAACGAAGACAAGAAAGGGAGGAAAGAAUGCUGCAGAGGUUUAUGGAGGAAAGCAACCGAUCCAAUGAACGUUUGGUGGCGCAAAUCUUUGAAGGAUUAAGAAGCAUCAUCCCACCUCAGCCAAUGGCAUACCCGGCACCUCCAAUGCCCUAUCAACACCACCAGGCACACAGUUCAGCUACUUCCCAGAGAAACCCAAUUCAUGGUGAUUACUCACUUUAUGACAUGGAUAGCUGGAAUUCAUAAAAUACAACAGACAUUCAUGUCAUACACACACGAUAACAGUAAUUGAAGUUCAUUAAAUAUAGAAGUAUUGAAUUAAAAUACACAUUUAAAUGUGACCCUUAAAUGUGUCCUUGUUUUACUACUAGCCAGGUUCCAAUGUAGUUGUGCAUAAUGUACACACUAUAACAGCUCGACCAGGGGUGUCAAACUCAAAGUGAAUAAGGGCCAAAAUCACGCAAUACUCAUAGUUUUCAAACAAAAUAUUUCCGGCCAUCGUAUAUGGUAGUUCAGAUGUGCCAGCACAUUUUGUGUUGUGUAUGAGUGUGAGCCGUUUCAUUGGCCUGUGCCCACUCAUAUUCCUGUGAUACACCA